GUCUGUGGUUAGUCAUUAGACGCUGUUCUCGCGCUCAGGUGAACAGUGCUGUUUUCUGGUUUCUGUGACAGGUGUGUGUGUGUGAGUGUGUGUGUGUGUGUGUGUGUGUGAGAUGGAUCUGAAGGAUAAAGUGGCUGUAGUGACCGGAGCAGCUCAGGGUUUGGGAAGAAGCUUUGUCGAAAUACUUCUGAAAAACGGCUCAAAGGUGGCUUUAAUCGAUGUGAAUAAAUCUGUGGGAGAUGAACUGAAGAGCACACUUGAUCAGGAGUAUGGACGUGACAGGACUGAGUUCUACACGGCCGAUGUCACAUCAGAGGAAGAUUUUAAAGGAGUUGUGGAGACUAUUGUUAAAACAUUUGGCCGCAUUGACAUUUUAUGCAACAAUGCAGGGAUCAUGAACGAAAAGCACUGGGAAAAAACUAUCGCAAUCAACCUGGGUGGAGUGGUCAGAGGAACGUAUCUCGCUCUAGAACAUAUGAAGAAGGAAAAUGGUGGGAAUGGAGGAGUCAUUAUCAACGUUUCAUCAAUGGCAGGUUUGGGGCCUUUGCCGAUUGCACCCAUCUACACAGCAACCAAACACGGCGUGGUGGGAUUCAGUCGUGCCAUGGCCGCCGUUUCCAAGCUGGCUAACUACGGCGUGAGGAUUAACAUUCUCUGUCCGUGGUUUGUGAAGACCAGUCUUCUGACCGCCAUGAAUUCAGAAGAGCAUAUAGGAAGCUUCUUUCCACUGAAGGGCAUUGCGGAGACGAUGAUGCAGGACCGCGGCUGUCUGGAGGCUGAUGUUGUCGCCAAGGCUUUUCUUGUUCUCGUGAAAGAUGAGAGCAAGAACGGAGACGUUCUGGUGAUUGAUCCUGACAAGGCAGUUUUUGUUUCCUUUCCUGACCGGGCCAAAGACUUGGCAUCUACUCCAGUCAGUCUCGAGUAGCCAAUCAGCUUCGCUCGCAGUGGAUGUGGGUCAAAGCUUUCAUCAGAGACCUUAAAAUCCAACGUAAACCUGAGCGCUUCCACUAAGAAUGGCUUUAUAUAAAGAUCCUUUCAUUUUGACUACAUCAGCCAGUAUAAAGGUCUCAGAUUUAUUCUUUGAUUCUUUGUAAUUAUUACAACCAUGAAUCGCAGCAUUUCUGUUACUGAUCUGAGAAUAUUCACAAACUAGAGAACUAUAAAUAGUGCAGCAUCUGUAUUUCCAAAUAUAAACGCAAACAUCACGUCCGUGGACUUUUAUUUUUACAGUUAAUGUGCUAAAAUAUACCUCAAAAUAUUCUGAAUAUGCUUUCAAAAUUUGUUGAAAUAAAUAAGCUACUAACAUCA